CGUUUCUUUUUAGAUUAUACCGUGGCUGGCUAAAUCUCCGAACCUAUCCCGUUGCAUACACUUCGGGUUCCACAAACAAACCACGAACACCACCUUUUACCAGAACAGGAAGUAAUUAUGAUUGACGGGUGACCGUCGAGCAUUCUCAAAAAGGAAAUUCCUACUAAUUCGUUAGUUCAGAGACCAGUUAAACUAUGCAGUUUGUAGAUCCCCCUCCGUUUAAUUACUUUUCUUUUUUUCUUUUUUUUUUCAGACCGCGCCAUCUGUUCGUGCAACAAAGCAAAGCUCAAAACCCAUUUUUAAACCCCCCGAACAAAAAAACAAUGAAGACCCAAAACCCCCCACAAAACAACGAUUUCCUAUAAAAUUUCUACUUAGACCGACUCGAGACAGAAAAUGCCCAAAAAACUCCUCGUCAUCAUCGGCGUAACUGGCAACCAAGGCGGUUCCGUUGCUGCUCGCUUCCUUCAAGACCCCAACUAUCGCAUCCGCGGCCUAACCCGUAACCCCGCCUCGCCCACCGCGAAAGCCCUCUCCACUCGAGGCGUCGAGAUCGUCCACGCCGACCUGGACGACCGCGAGAGUCUCAUCCGUGCCUUUUCCGGAGCGAAUCUCAUCUUCAGCGUCACGAAUUACUGGGAGCCGUUCUUCCGCCCGGACAGCAGACGGCGGGCAGCCAGUGCGGGGAUCUCAUGUCGGCGAUACGCAUAUAACGUCGAGUUACGCCAGGGGAAGAACAUUGCAGAUGCGGCCGCGCGGACGGUAGACAGUUUGGAUGACAAUGGGUUUAUUGCCUCGACGUUGAGUCAUGCGAAGAAAUGUAGUGGUGGGAAGUUGAACGAGUUGUAUCAUUUCGAUGCAAAGGCGGAUGUGUUUCCGCGGUAUGUCAGAGAUAAGUAUCCGAGGUUGGCGAGGAAGAUGUCGUGUGUGCAGACGGGAUUUUUCAUGUCGAGUUGGAAGUUGGUCACGGAGUUGUGGUUUGGAAAGCUCCCCGAUGGAACCAUCCAAAUGCGCUUCCCCACAUCUCCAGAUGCCCCCAUCCCUCACCUCGACGUGAACGCCGAUACGGGCAACUUCGUCUACGCCAUCUCCCAACUCCCACCGGGAAGAAGCUACAUAGCCGCAGGUUCAACGUGCAGCUGGACCGAAUACAUGCGCCUCUGGAGUAAAAUCACCCGCGUCCCCUCGAGCUAUAGGCAAGUCAGUCCGGAAGCUAUGAUUGACGAGCUGCCUGAUAAGGAAUACGCGAGGGAAUUGGCAGAUAUGUUUCUUUAUUCUUCUGAUCCCGGGUAUGAUGGUGGAGAUGGAUCAUUGUUGGGGGUGGAUGAGAUUAGAGAGGCUGGUAUAGAUUGUCCGACGACGAGUUUAGAGGAAUGGAUGAGGAAGCAGGAUUGGUCGCCUGUUAUUGGAAGGAGGGAGCGAAAGCAAUCUGUCGCUCGGUGUUGAUGAUGAAGGGACUAUUAAUAAUAAGAUGGGGAAAUGAGAUAACUAGCAACAAUGGAGAGGAAUUUUGAUGCUCAAGCAUGGUAUAGAAUUUAGCUUGCAUACACCGGUGGGGUUAUUGGUCGUAUUCUCUAUAGUUAUUUUAAGCGGGAAAGGUUAUAUUAUAUUAUGGUCAUGGAGUAUUUCGUAUCAACUCUAUACUUUCGAAAAAAUGAGCUUACAACAUGAAC